AAAAUAACUAUACCGAUCAUCUACAAAAAUAACUUUAAAUAGCUCGAUCGAUUUGGAUUGUAACAACACUCGCAAAACAAGAGUAAAUGAGGUUAAAUGUUAUUUUUAUGCAGGAAUAUCAAUGUUUUUGUACGGUCUCAAAAUAAGUUUUAGAACUUUGUCCGAAAUACGAAGUGUAGGAUGGAGAAUUUUUGGUUAGAGUAAUAUUGUGAAAUUUCAUCGAGGAAGAAAGCUGACGGUAAAAGUGUUUUUAUACGACGUUUGUUGUACUCGAAGAACAUUUAACGAAAUGGAAACUGUCAGUUCGAACGAGGACGAUGUAGUAGAAUUGUCAGAGUCACUAAUAACACGAGUUUAUUAUGCUGCCAAAGAUGGUAUGGCUAUCGCACUUUAUGAUCUUCUCAGUAAUAAACCCAUCGAACAAGUUAAUGAGCUGAUUAAUCAAAGAGUAUACGAGGAAGAUGGGCAACAAUGUACACUUUUAAUAACAGCUGCACGAAAUGGCCAUGACAAAGUAGUUAAAAUAUUGCUUGAUAAGUUCAAGCCCGACUUAGAACAAGAGGGAACAGUUAAAUUUGACGGAUGUGUUGUUGAAAAGGCGAGUGCUCUUUGGUGUGCUGCUGCCGCAGGACACUUACCAGUUGUUAAAAGUUUAGUAAAAGCGGGUGCAGAUGUCAACCAUCCGACUGGAAGUCAGUCUACGCCAUUGACAACAGCUUGUUCAGAUGGACGGUUAGAUAUAGUUAAAUAUUUAGCAGAACAUAAUGCAAAUAUAAAUAUUUCGAAUCAUGUGAAUAAUACGUGUCUAAUGAUUGCUGCACUUAAAGGUCAUGCAGAAGUAGUGAGAUAUCUGUUAAAAAAAGGUGCAGAUCCAAAUGAGAAGGCAGAUUGCGGUGCUACAGCAUUACACUUAGCUGCUGAAUCUGGACAUACUAUUAUAGUAGCUCAAUUAUUGGUAUACGGGGCAAGAAUGUCAGUAGAUGCUAGAGGUAUGACACCACUAAUAGUAGCAGCAGAACGUAUGAGAGCCGAUGUUGUUGAAUGGUUUAUACGAAAAGCAGAAGUAUCUAAAGAAGAAACAAUUGAGGCAUACGAACUUCUUGGCGCUUCUUAUGGUAGUAGUGUCUAUGUAAGCAAUGAUUCUUUAGUAGAAGCAUAUAAAUAUUUCUGGAAAGCAAUGGAACUUAGGUUUAGUGAUCCUAAAAACAUUAUCUAUAAAAAAUUAGGUGAACCAGUGAAGGCAUACGAUAACUGGAGAGAAUGCGAAACAUUAGAAAAUCUGAAAAGUGUUAUGAAUAAUCAAAAUGCUUUUCAUAUGGAAUCAUUGGCUAUUAGGGAGAGAAUCCUAGGGCCGCAUAAUCCAAGAGUACCAAAUCAAAUAAUAUUCAGAGGAGCAGUAUUCGGAGACCAAGGAAAGCACGACAGAUGUAUAGAUUUGUGGCUUCAUGCUCUGUAUUUAAAACAAUUAAAUAAUGUAACAGUUGUUAAAGAUCUCCUUAGGUUUGCAAGGGUAUUUUCACAAAUGAUACAUGCUGGAGUGGAUAUCGAUUUUUCUCAGGUUUUAAGUGUUUUAGAGGCUUUUGUAACCGAACUUAGUCGUAAUAAAUCUAAAAUUAAUUAUCCUGUUUCUGAAGAAGAUGUAGAAUAUAUUAGAGAAAUGGAAUCAAACAUUAAAAGUACACUGUAUAUAUUACAAAUAUUAACAAAACUUUUAACGAUGGAUGGAAGUAGAUACGCGGAACGGGAUAAAGAUAAAGCACAUUGUCUAGUUCAUAAACUCUGUGUCUUACAAUUAAAUUUGGAAGAUGGACAAACAUUACUACAUCUUGCUGUAAAUGAGACUCCUGUCAAGGAUUCGGUUGUCUGCAAAUUUCCUUGUGCCGCAACGGCAAAACUACUUGUGCGGUGUGGGGCUGAUGUAAAUGCCAUGGAUAAUGAAAGAAAUACACCAUUACAUGUAAUUGUUGGUUGUAUAAAAACAAUUAGUGAUUUCGAAACUCUGUAUACAAUUAUCAUGGAACUUAUAGAAGCUGGAGCACAUAUGGACACUAUAAAUAGUAGAGGUCAGACUCCGUACUAUGCUGCCAUAACAGGUGAGGUAGAAUCAAUACUACGGACUCAAACAAAAUUGUCAUUGAAAUGUAUAGCUGCAAGAGCUGUAAAAACUUACAAUUUGUCUUAUUGCGAACGAGUACCACGUUCUUUGGAGAGCUUUAUUGAACUGCAUGGACCUGGACUUAAUUAGGGUUAAAAUUACUACAGAAGAAUAUCAUUUUUGAUAAAUGAAUUGCACACGAAUCUUGAUUUGCCAAAAUCGUGAUAUAAUUAUUUGGAUGAAGCUGCAUAAUAAUAGUUUUGUUUAUUUAUUAAGGGUGGAAUUUUUUACUAAAAGCACAAAAAAUUGCGUUAUAGUAUUUUAACCCUCAAAUGAUGUUGCGACUUUAUAUAUAAAUGUAUACAUAAAUGGUGUUUUGGGGUUAAAAGUAACGCCAAUAUAAAAGCCGAAAGGAACUCCACCCUACGUUUUUUUUCUUCAGCGCAAGAAACCCGACGACUUGAAAACUGGCUAAUUGAACCUGGAAGCUGGUGCUGCGCACUCGUUUGUGUUACAGCUACCGAUCUAAACUAAAAACUUGUAUAUUUUUCGUUGUUCCUUCAUGACAGUAUUAUCAAUAGGUUGGUGAAACUUUCGUGAGAAAAGUAAAUCCAUAUACGAUCUUAUUCUGAUUGAUUUUUCGGAAACGAUUCGAAUAAAUUAUGACCAGAAAUAGUUGGAACGAGAUCUUGUUUUAGGGCGAGUUCCUCAACUUCUGGAGUUUCUUCUUCAGUUGACGCCUGGCAGAUCCAAGUUUUUCGUUGUAAAACGGAUUACCGUAUUAGUAGAAAACAUUAGUAGAAAACACCCUACAACGCCAUUUACGGGUCAAGAACAAAUAAGUUAUUAAAAACAUAAUUAAUUGUGUGAUAAUUAUUUUGAAACGUAAAACUUACUUUGUUCGAAACAAAUGUUAUCAAUUGAAGUCAGUGUUUAACUAAGCGAUUAACUAAUACUUUGUUGUUAUAAUUUUAAAAUUGAAUUUAUUUGAUUAUUUUAUAUAUUAAUGUAUGAAUUUAAUGACUGAAACAAAUUGUAAUUACCAGUGUCUGUUAAUUUGUUAACUUAAUUAUGUAAAGGCUAUAUUAAAUAGCUAUGAAGAUAUCAACUAUAGUAAACGAUUGAUUUUUUCGAUAA